CAGUUUGGGUAAAUACUCACUUUCCGUGCACAAUGAGUUUCUUUUGACAUGUUUCUUUGAUUACUCAAAGCGGGAUGUAGUGUGGCAAGGUUUCCCCUUGAAUCUAACAGGAAAAACUUCAAUUUAGACGAGGAACUACUGGAUGCUCAUCAAUUUCCGCAUUGAGAAGAGAAAGGAAAACAAGAUGAGGACGAUGCUCCAGCUGUUGAAAGAGGGUUACGAAUUCGUUGAACUAAUCAGACACCGAUUUCCAAGAAAAGUCCAUGCUGUCAGGAUUCCACUUCGUCGUGGAUUUUAUCAGCGAAAAGAAGAUAAAGAAGUUAUGAAUACGUUGAAACGCCUCUGCAAAAAUGGUAAUUCCUCGCGCGUGAAGACCCUGAUUUUACAUGGGCCAGCAGGACACGGUAAAGUGCACUGCGCGGCAAAUCUGAUGGAUCAACUUUACACUAAACCUGUAUGCUCGCGAUUCUUCUGGAACCAAUCGUGGAAUUUUCGAAACAGACCAACAGUCCUGUGGACAAUCAACGCAACAAAUAAAGAAACGAUGCUCGAAAGUUUCUGUAGCCUUGCCAAAGAAAUCGGUCUGACUAAACAGGCCAAGGCUGCAAAUCAGGAACUAUCACUUUUCAGCAGAACAUCAGAAGGAAGACAAUACCACAUGAAUCUUCAAAAUCAAUGUCAAGAAAAUGCCUACGACAAACCUUUGAAACAAAUUUACGAAGAAGUUAUGAAGACCAUCAGACGGCACGGCUCCUGGGUGCUAUUGAUAGAAGGUGCUAAAGAAGAUAGGUCAAGUCAACAACAAUUUUGGCCGUCGCCAGGUGAUCCAAGCCUUGGAAAUGGUCUGGUGAUCAUGACCACUGAAGAUUCUAAGUUACUGCAAGAGGAAGGUGAUGACUAUCCAUUAGCGAAGGUGUUCAUCGGUAAAAUGACGAAAGAAGAUGCAGUCAAAUUUCUUGCGAAAAAAAGUGGUAUGCCUUUAACUGUUGCUGAACGCUUCGCAAAUCUGGUACAUUUCAUUCCCCAGGAUAUAGCAAAGUUUGGAGCUUUUAUGAGGGAAUACCAAGAAGAAACGAAUAGACAACUAAAUUUUGAAAAUUUACCAGUACCACCGAAAGGAGUUUCAUUCCCCGAGUAUUUUACCAUGAUGAUGGAACUAACACGUGAAAAUCAAACGCAGCUGUUAAAAUUUUUGGCCUGCUGCUCUAGUGAGAACUACUUGCCCCUAGAAAUUCUAUGUAAAGGUAUUACAGGUCCAUUGGAACAAGCAAAUUUCGAAAAAUUUGUUGAUCUCUCCGUGAGAGAAGAAAUUAAAGUGGUAACCUUACAUCCAAGACACCACACCAUGCUCAGAGAUAUACUCUGUGGGCAAAGCCAAAGUGAUACCGAAAAGACAUGGACGUACGCAUUGAAAUUUCGCUUCUGGCCAAAAAAACCACGCAACAUAAACACUCCUACUUUGUCGUGUCUCGAUGUCUCUCACGUGAUUAAAUGCCUGAGCGAGGUAUGCAAAGAUGCUUUACAAAACAACACGGAUAUAGACUUCAAAUUGAUGCGCUUCGUUUUACCACAUCUGAAAGAAGCUGUGAAGCUCAAGGACAAGUUGAAACUAGAAGGAGAAUUCGACCCCCUCGUCAUGGCUAAUGGACAUGCCUGUCUUGGGGAAGGUUUGCUCAUCUUUGGAAGGCCUGAAGAAGCAAGGGAGAACCUAAAGAUUGCUCUAGAUCUCUUCAAGAACUAUGAAGGCCAGGAGAAUGUGCAACUUGACCUGGCAAAUGUGUGGCACUUCCUGGGAGAAGCUCACAGCAACAGUCACCUCGCGAGCCCGUGGGAAGGAGAAAUGUAUUUAGAAAUAGCCUUGCAAGAGAAAUGGCGGUUCUACAAAGGAGAGGAUCACCCACAGAUUGCUUUGACUCUACGAAGUCUUGGAAAUGUAUUGAACGAACUGGGAAUACAUACUAAAGCUAUUAACUUCAUCCAAAGAGCCCUGAAGAUUUAUGUCGAUAAAGAAAACUUCAAACAGGAAUAUGGUUACACCCUGAGUGCAUUGGGAUCUUCGUACCGCUACCUUGGUCUGUAUGGUAAAGCAGAAGAGAACUUAAAAAAGGCUCUCAAAAUCUUUGAAUCCGUGGAAUCACCAAGCGAACUAAGGAUUGGCGUGACACUCAGCCGUUUGGCCUCUGUGCAAAGAAAUAUGGACAAACUAGAUGAGAGCAUUGCUUCCUUGGACAUGGCACAUAAAAAGUUUGGAUACAACAACAUUUACAGUGCAGUUAUUUUAUCAAAGCUUAGCGUGGUGUACCGCUACAAGGGGGAUUUUGAAAGAAGUGUCCAGUUUGCGUUGAAAGCUAAAAAAAUUGCAGAUGAACAAUGUGGCACAAAAAGUCAUCCUGCUAGAGCUACAGCACUGUUAAAUCUCGGACAUGCGCAAAGUGAUGUGGGAGAUGUAGACGAUGCAGUGAGAAGUCUUAGAGAGGCGUUAGAUAUCAACAAGGAAAUCCACGGUAGUAACCAUCGCAUUGUGGCCGCCAACUAUAAUUAUUUAUCGUAUGGCUACCUACAGAUGGGAAUGGUUCCACAAGCCAAGAAAGAGUUACUAAACGCUCUAAGGGUUAUGCACCAUUACUCUCGCUUUCACCCAGAGAGAGCUAAUUCUCUAAAGAGGCUAAGCAAGGUCUGCUUAAUCCUCGGGGAAACCGUCAGAAGCGCAGAUUUAGCAGACUGUGCUCUCCAAAUCUACAAAGAAAUGCAUGGAGAUACCAUGGAACAUAGAGAGGUGCGGAGGGGAGCAGUUCGGGUGGCUUACGCUUGCUCAAAGCUAGGUUUGUUUGACAUGGCUAAAGAAUAUCUCAGAGAAGUAGAACUUGGUUUUCCCAUACGCCAAGAAAUUAGAUCCCACCCCGAAUUUGCCGUACUUCUCCGGAAGAAAACCGAAAUUGCUUUAGAUAGCUACGAAUUCCACUGGCCUUUGAACGAGGUGGACGUCCAAGGAAUACUUUCACAGGCAAACGAGGAUUUACUCCAAGCAGAAGAAAUCUUAAGCAACUCAUUUCAAUUUAAACGACAAAUCGCAUCAACAAAGAUGGAAAAAGCGCGGUUAAGCAUAUUAAUGGGAAAUUACGGUAAGGCAUAUGACGACAUUCGUUCAGCUCUAAACAAUCUCCCGCGGUAUUGCGAUUAUUUGAAAGCAGAUUUUUCAUUGAUAAUGAGUGAUGCUGAAAGAGGCCUAAAUAUGGUUAAUAGAUCAAAGGUGUCUUUGGAAACAGCUGAAAAUAUUUAUCGAAAUAUUUUUGGCGACGACCAUCCAAUGGUUGCAGUCACUUUGCAAAAGCAGUGUUCUCUACAUUUGGAUUUCGAGCAUAAAAGUAACACUGGCAAGAACGAAGCCCGUAAAUAUUUUGAAGCAAGUCACCAAGCUUGUGAAGUCCUUAAAAGUAACUUGGAGCAGCAGCUUGCCGGUAUCGGUAUCCAAACAGAUUUACUCAGAAACUACAGUUUUGACCAACACCCUAUUCUUAAACGACAGAAGUCACUUCAUAAAAGGUUAACGCGCAAUCAAGGUGCUUGGUGAGCUGAUUAAAGCCACUCCAUUAAAGAAAAACAAAGACAAGAACAUUUCAACAACAGUUUACAGCAGUUUAGAGAGCCUGAAAAACGAUUCCCUUUCUGUUUACCAAUUCUUUGAUGUGACGAUAGUUACUGCUCUUUUCGUUUACUUCAUUGAUGAAGCGGUUAUUAGGGCCACUUUCUCAUGUCAUGGUUGCCUUACAUUCUAGGAUUUCUAGUUAGACUAGAAGUAUCCUUGAAUCGAGAUAAGCCACGAGGUAUAGCUUUUUAUGUGAUAAAAAAAACUGUUCAGUGUUAGGAGUAUCUUUGCGGUAACGAAUCUAUUUAAGUAUUCGUUUUUAAGUUGCAAGCUUAUGGAACAAGUUAUUGUUAUUAUUUAGGAAAAGUGAAUCCGUUCCCAGAUUUAACCCUUUCACUCCCAAGAUCUCAUUUGAAAAUCCAUGCAAUUCUUCUGAUGAUCCUUUGGAGAAUUUGGUAUUGGAUCAACUUAUAAUCCCCUAAUUGAAAUUUUGGUCUAUUCUCAUUACUUGUCUCCUUGAUAUUGUAUCAAUAUUGUAAGGAGAGAUUCUGUCUUGGUCACUCAUGGGAGUUAAAGGGGUAAGAGAGGGCUGUUUGUGUUACCAUAACUGAAUAUUUAAUUUUGGUCAUUGGCCAAGAGAAUAUAAACGGUAUAUAUUUUCUUCCAAUGACCAUAACUGAAUAUUUAAUUUUGGUCAUUGGCCAAGAGAAUAUAAACGGUAUAUAUUUUCUUCCAAUGACUUAUUAAUCAUCUGAGUUGGUAGGUUAUAUUUCUAUUUUUCACACAUGGAUCUUGUUAUUGUUAUUAUCAUCAAUAUUUUUUUACAAGUAAAUACUUUUGUUCUAUUAAAUGUAGCCUAUACAUUUAAGGAAGUUCAUUCUGUUUCUUAGGCUCCCUACAGCAUUAGAGUUGUUGCCGCGUGUUCAAGACUAAGCACAUGUAUAAAGUAAUCGGUAGUCUGUAAGAAAAAAAACAAUGUUCAAUUGUUUUUCCUUAUUAAUUGAACAGAUUUAAUAAGACUUACAUUAAAAUUUUGCUACAAGAUAAUAAGUAAAUCAACGUUGUUUUAUCUGAAGCCGGGAUUAU